AUGGAUCAUUCAAUACGAGACGUGCUUGUGCAAUGGAUUAGCGCCCUAAAGUAUCCAUUUACCGACAUUCCUUUUCAAUCAGCCACUACCAACAACAACGAAAACAACAACAAUGACGACAUGGACGCAUUCGUUGAAUGGGCCAAUGCAAGGCUUUCUCCCUUUGAAAAGACCUAUGUCUCGUUUCCGGAUUAUGUUGAUUCGAAUGAUUCCACCUGUGCUGCUGCUUAA